CUUUGUGUCGUCAUCACGUCAGGCCCUUCAUGCUUCUGGUAAUGUUGCCCUCGUGGAGAAGUACCUGUAAAGCGCUGUUUUUAUCGUGUGCUGGACACUUAGUGUGAUGUAUUCUAUUUUACAUGGGACGCAGUAACCGUUAGACUACCGUGUUGGAGCUGCCGUCUGGUCUGUGCUUACUUUCACUCUGUUUACGUUCAUGUUAUGCUAGCUACGAACAAAGGACGCAGUGCAACCCUCCGCGCCGUUUCGGCUCAGUCGUCAUCGUUCCGCUUUGCUCCGAAUCCAAAGUCGAUAUAUUUAAAUCGUAGCCACUGACAUCGUCAGACUCGUCGACUACGUUGCGUUUUUAAUUCGGUUAGCAUUUUUGCUAACUGGCGUGGGAAGUGUCGAAAGUUGUUGUUGAAGCAGGGGCUGCCGACCUCGAAGGAAUAAUGGCCGACGUUUACAUUCGAGUGGCGGAGGAGGAAAACGAAGAGCCCAUGGAGAUUCCUUCCGAAGACGACGGCACCAUUCUGCUGUCCACGGUAGCUGCUCAGUUUCCCGGGGCUUGCGGACUGCGCUACAGGAGCCCAGUGUCCCAGUGUAUGCGGGGAGUCCGGCUGGUGGAGGGGAUCCUGCACGCGCCGGAGACCGGAUGGGGGAACGUCGUAUAUGUCGUCAAUUAUCCAAAAGAUAACAAGAGGAAGAUGGACGAAAUCGAUGCCUCCUCGGCGGUGAAAAUGAAGAGAGGGGACAUGAAGACGUCAGAUCUGAUAGUGCUGGGGCUUCCUUGGAAAACCUCCGAACAGGACCUGAAAGAUUACUUCAGCACGUUUGGGGAAGUCAUCAUGGUUCAGGUAAAGAGAGACGCCAAGACUGGGAAUUCAAAGGGAUUUGGCUUUGUUAGAUUCACCGAGUACGAGUCUCAGGAGAAGGUCAUCUCCCAGCGCCACAUGAUUGACGGCCGAUGGUGUGACUGCAAGCUCCCGAACUCGAAGGUGAAUCUGCAAGGACCAGACGAGCCAUUGAGAAGCAGGAAGGUGUUUGUCGGCCGCUGCACUGAGGACAUGACCACCGAUGACCUGCGGCAGUUCUUCAUGCAGUACGGCGAGGUCACCGAUGUCUUCAUCCCAAAGCCAUUCCGGGCCUUCGCCUUUGUGACAUUUGCAGAUGAUCAGGUUGCCCAGUCUCUGUGCGGCGAAGACCUCAUUGUCAAAGGAGUCAGUGUCCACAUUUCAAACGCCGAGCCGAAGCACGGGAACAGGCAGUUUGACCGCACGGCUCGGUUUGGCAACGGUUUCGGAGCGCAGGCGUUUGGUAGCAGCCGCAGCGGGUUAGGGAGCAGCUCCAACAGCAGCCUGGCCAAUUUUGGUUCCUUCAGUCUGAAUCCGGCCAUGAUGGCGGCGGCACAGGCAGCUCUGCAGAGUAGCUGGGGCAUGAUGGGAAUGUUGGCCAGUCAGCAGCAGUCGUCCUCCUCAGGCAGCUCGUCCACAGGGACCAGCUCUAGUCGAGAUCAGGGUCAGUCGUUCAGCGCAGGCAACAGCAACUAUGGCAGUGGGACAGCCAGUCUGGGCUGGGGAACGGGUUCCAACACUGCCACCAGUGGGAGUGGCUUUAGCUCCGGCUUUGGCUCCAGCAUGGAGAAGUCCUCUGGGUGGGGUAUGUGAGGCGUCUUGGGUAAGUAUUGUGAGAGAGAUGCCUGUUUCGUUUUUUUGUUUGUUUUCUGGCGUUGCUGCGUGUUUGGAAUACUUUGUGGAGUAUGUUUUUUUUUUUGUAAAUUUAGAGAAAAAGCUAAAGAUUUAAUUUUGAAGGUGCUGCAGUGUUUAGCAGGACAUGUGACUUAUGAAGUGCUUUGAUGUUCCCAUUUCAACUAGAUUCUCUCAUGCAUGUGUUGUAAAUUGUUUCCCAGUCACUUUGGAACAGCAUGAAUGUUUGUAGCUGAGCAGUUUUCUGAGGGUUUUUUUUGUGGUCUUCAUCUCCAAAGGCAAACAUGCAUCGGGAAGAAUCUGGUUGAAACCCAAAUGUCUUUUUAAGUGCAACUUUAUUUGCAGUCCAGUUAUGUGGAAAAGCCUUGAUUGAAAUCUCUUCUGCAGUUCACCUUCUCUUCCACUCCCCUGAGAGGAAGCUCCUCUUUGGCAGCAUUCUCGGCCUGAUCUCGGUAUCUUUGUCCCUCUUCCCACCUGUAAAUGCUUUGCCAUCAAAGAAAGGGCUUCACACCGCACGUUCUCGGAGACGGUGGGUGGCUUUUCACUUUUAUCCACUUUUACAUGGAGAGAACUGCGCUGCUGACAUUUUGAGAAGAAAGUGCGAUUGGAUGGUGGCGAGGAGUGGAGCGAUGAGUGAGCGAACGUGGAGGCGUGAAACGGACUGGUUGUGCAGUGAAAGAGCCCAAGCUGACUGCUUUCUGAGUGUGUGAGUGGACGCUACGAGCGCCUUCCCUAACAAGGACAUCUCUUUGGUUCAUGAGUCUUUUUUCCCCCCCCCAACUCUUCCCUCGACUGUCACGUCUGCAGAAACAUCAAAUGUAGUUGAAUGUUGUGACCUUGUACUGCUUGUAUAACCUGACUCGAAUGCUGUAUGGUGUGUGCUUUCAUGUAUUUGAACUGAUCUGUAAGUGUGCACUUGAUGUGGGUGACACCGGCUGAGGACUCUGGGCGCGUGUGUGAGAACAUGGAGUGGGUCCCAGGUGCUUGAUGUUUGUGAGGUGUUUGAAAAACUGUCAAAUGAAGAGAGUUCUUUAAUAAAGCUCAUUUGAAUAUAUAAAUAUAUAGAGAGAGAGAUGUUGCCUGAGUCGACGUUUAGGAAAAUCUAAUGCGAUUCACAUAUUUAGGGACCUGCUCUGCUGGUCGAGGGCUCCGUUUGAACCCUGCCAAGUCGGUUCUGAAGGAUGAAGACGGAGGUUUGAAUGUCUGACCUUCUCAGACGUGACAUGGGUAGUACCAGUCUUGUUUUCUGUUUCUUUACUCGCUUCACAGGUGUCUGCUGAUAAAGCUGGUUGUGGUUGGAACUAAACUACUCCUAGUUCUGUCAGUCUCUUGUGCUAACGUAGCACAUCAUCUUCAGGAGAUUCAAGUAUAGCAAAGAGCUCAAGUUUAGUAUCUUCAAAUGUAUGUCUGAAGUUCACUAAAGAAAUGCUUAAAGCGCCUCAAGGAAACGUGUUAAAGCAGCCAGUUACACCGUACAGACAAGGGAUAGAGUCGCUUGGCCUUGUCUGUCCGGUCUCAAUAGCCCCCACACAUUUUCAGCUCAGUACUGAGUCAGCAAUAGCCGGCUUGCAUCAAGUCAAGUACACCAACACGACCAGCAGCUUGGGUGACUUGUCUGGUGCAACACACGGGUCAAGUUUGUGAGGUCGAGAGUGUCCAGUGGAGCAACGUGUCUCCUGAUGCUGUGUAUUGAACAUGGACACAAUUGGAGUUAUUUCACUCUUAACUCAGUUACUAGUUAACAGAGCAGUAAAUAUUCAGUCCAAAGAGAAGCAGAGUCCAUUCAGGUUCAAACAGACACUUUCUCUGAUAGUUUUAUUCAGACAGUCCCUAAUCCACACUCUCCUCCAUGUCUUUGCUCUUCCUUUUACCUGAAGGCUUUUUUACGUUUUUCUUCUCCUGGCUGAUUUCUUCGCUCUUGUUUUGUAUGUAGAUCGACUGAAAUAAAUAAACACAUUUGAUUCAACUCCC